GAUUCUUUGGCCGAAGACACUUGUAAUGAACAAAAGUAGGAGUAAUCAUUUACAUGGUGGUCACAUGAUGCAGACAGUUGAUAGUACCACCUGUCUAACCCCAACUCUGAUGGGAUCAAAGUAUUUGUCUUCUAUGGUUAACUCUGACAUCAUGAAGCAUAAUGUUUGA